AUGGGUUCUUUUGACAAGUCCUCCGACCCGGAGGCUGUCAAGGCCACCCCUGUGGCGUUUAACGACAAUGACAGUGCCGUCGUCGGUGAGGUCCAGGCAGCUGAGAAGUUUGCCUUUGGUGAAGACCGAAAGAUCGGUAUCACUGGUGCCGUCUUCUUGAUUCUCAACAAGAUGAUUGGUACUGGUAUCUUCUCGACUCCCUCCGCUAUUUUCCAGGCCACGGGCUCUGUCGGUGUCAGCAUUUUCCUUUGGAUUAUUGGUGGCUUCUUGACCUGCUGCGGUCUCAGCGUAUGGCUUGAAUUCGGUCUUGCCAUUCCUCGCUCCGGUGGUGAGAAGAACUACCUCGAGUACAUCUACAAGCACCCCAAGUACCUCGCCUCCUGCGUGCUCGCCGCGCAGAUGAUCUUCCUCGGCUUCUCUUCUGGAAACUCGCUCGCCUUCGGUCGCUACAUCCUUUACGCCCACAACGGAGAGGCCGAAGACAGCUACAAGGCUCGCGGUAUUGGUGUUGCUUGCGCUACCUUUGCUUGCGCCCUGCACGCCUUCCUUCCUAAGUGGGGUGUCCGCUUGGUCAACGUCCUUGGUGUCUUCAAAGUUGUCAUCGUAUUAUUCAUCGUCUUCGCCGGUUUUGCCGCCCUUGCCGGUCAUCGCCACGUCCCUGAUCCCAAGAACUUCGAGCACUCCUUCCGCAUUGAAACGACUGAGACAUACGGCGGUGGUGGUGCUUAUGCUUACUCCAACGCCCUGCUCAACAUUGUCUACAGUUACAAGGGUUGGGAAAACGCCAAUUACGUCAUGAGCGAACUUAAGGAUCCUCGCCGUACCUUGACCGUCGCCGCUCCUAUCGCCGUUGCCGGCGUCACCGUUCUUUAUGUCUUGGCCAACGUUGCCUAUUUCGCCGCUGUCCCCAAGGGCGAAAUUGCUACCUCUGAGGUUCUUGUCGCUGGUAUUUUCUUCAAGAACGUUUUUGGUGAGGGCGCCGGUGUCAAGGCCCUUCCUGUCUUCGUCGCUCUCAGUAACUUGGGCAACGUUUUGGCUGUCGCUUUCGCUCACGCUCGUCUCAACCAGGAGUUGGGCAAGGAGGGUCUGCUUCCUCUUAGCAGGUUCUGGGGCUCCAACAAGCCUUGCAAUGCUCCUGCUGCUUCGCUUUUCCUGCAUUGGCUGGUCACCAUCAUCGUCCUGCUUGCUCCUCCUCCUGGACCUGCUUAUAACUUUUUGGUCAACCUCUACACUUAUCCUGGUGUCUGGAUCAACGGCUUUGUUUCUGGCGGUCUUAUCUGGCUUCACUUCUUCCGGAGAGAUACCUGGAAGCCAACAUGGCGCUGCUGGGAGCCCAUUCUCGUCAUUUUCUUCCUCCUCAACGUCUUCUUGGCUGUCGUUCCCUUCAUCCCUCCUGUUGGAGACUGGAACGCCGAGGGCUACCCCUACUACGUCUUCCCCAUCGUCGGUGUUGCCGUUCUGCUCCUUGGCGCCUUCUACUGGUUCGUUUGGACCAAGUUCUGGCCGUGGGUUCGCGGACACAGCAUCGUGGCGGAGAGAAUCGUCGACGAGGAUGGCAAUGAGGUCAUCAGGUACAAGAAGAUCAAGAGGGCAUAA